AACUUACCAGCGAUGUUAAAGUACAAAAGUCAAUGGCGAAGCGGCGAAACGCACAGUCACGAGUUGCAAGCACACGAGUACGGUCGGAAAAUUCUAAAAUAUCAAAAAGCAGCAGAAAGAAAAGUGCCACAACAAAACUAACUAAUGUAGUGGAGGCAGUGAGAAACAAUUUGUAUUCAAUAAAAAAGUAUUCAAUUGAAAUGAAAGUGUGCAGGAGUGAGUUUUUUACACCGCGAGUGGUCAAUGCAUUCGGUGAGCAUUAUGGGGUGAAUUGGCCGGAUGCAGUAGUGCGUGACGAAGCUUAAUUAAAGUGACGCUAGCCAGUGCAGACGAAAUAAGUACUACCGGUCGCUAUGUGUUUUUCUUUUUUUUCGACUAAAAGACUAAAGCAAAAGUCCAAGGAAAUUAUUAAGUGCACUCGAGGACGUUGAAGAAUAUAUUUAUUUGCUUAAUCUGAAAUUAAAGUGGCAGAGCAAAGAAAAUUUAUCGCAGCAAAAGUGUGGCGCAUGUGUAAGUUGCGACAGUAAAGAGCGAGUUUAAAUCAAAAUAGCCACCGAUAGAACUUUUAUGGCUCAAUAAAGGUCACCUAAAAUACGCUUUCUAGAAGAGCUCUACAUUUUUUUGUCUGUGUUUGUAUAAUAUGUUCUUUCGCCGCAUGUUUGCGCGCAAGGACAGCAGUGGCAGCGGAGACAAUGCUCCGUACAAUUAUCAUAAUGAGGAUGUCAACGCUAACGACAACCACGACGAUGAACGCGAUGAAGUUGGUGCUUUAGGAGGUGGCGCAACAGCGCGCGGCAAGCGCCACAGUAACAACAACGGCAAUGUGAACGGUACACUCAGCAAUGGAACUAGCAGUAGCAGCGAAUAUGAGUUGCAACGCCGACGUACUUACGGCUCUGUGGCAGCGGCGUCUUCAAGCGCGGCAGCUGCCUCCAAGCACUGUCACUCCGCAAGCACGCUACACCGCGCUGCAACUUCCGCACCGGCUUCGGUCCAGCUGACGCCACUUUGGGAACACAUACUCCGCACGCGUACCUUUCCCGACAACGUUUAUCCGGGUAAAAUAUUUGGGGAAUUUCUCGAACGUCUACGCGAUCCCGAAUGGCAAGUGCGUCAGCAUGCGCUACGCGUUUUUGUCGAUGUAUUGGUGGUAAUGCGCGCCGAGGCGGACGCGUAUAUGGAUGCGCUGAUAGCGCCAUUGGUAGAGAAUUUGGGACAUCAGGCGCCUACCGUGAGGAAAGGCGCGCUUGAUUGUCUGCGCGUAUAUCUCGCCGAGACGGCAAUGCCCGAAACGAUAUUGCUGCAGAUACUCGAUAUCGGGCUGAAUCAGAAGAUAACCAACGAACCAUUUGGUGGACGCUUAACAUGCGGUGUUAUGCUAUCCUUACCAGCGCUGGUUCAUUCAACGUUGAACACUAACAAGCGUCAUUACACACUGCGCACCGCCAUAGAUAUGCUAGUGCAGAAGAUGGGGCAGGUGACGCAUCAGGAGAUCACGCUGAAAGUGCUUUCGAAAUUACGUGACUUGGUGGGUGAGGAUGAGUUUCGCGAUUAUAUGACUACGAGCGCGUAUCGCGAAUUCGACUUGUUGUGUAAUGUUUACAGCGUAGAUGACAAAGCAAAUGGUAGUGCGAGCGGACAUGGUGGUGGUCAUGAUAGGAGCGCGAAUACCAACAGAGGUGCUGGUACUUGGCAUAUGUUAACAAAGCAACCCCUGGUAAGCUGCUGGCGCUCAUCGGAUGAGGAGCAAAUGCUCGAGGAGGCGGCUAAAGCGCGAGUUAUUUUGGAAACUGAAAUAAAAAUCAAUGAUGAUACGUUAACGAUGCGCAUUCUCGAGGCAAAGGACGAUGAUUUCGACACCGAAGUCGAUACGGACUCGAGUCCGCGAAAAUCUGUGGACACAUACCCGAAUAGUUUGGAGGAUGAUGUCGUCUGCGGUCGUCUACCAAGCGCAACACGCGAUGCUGAGCAUGAGUUAAGCGCGGUGGUGCGUUUACUAAGCGAUUCCGAGUUCGAUAUGGAGGAUGACUGCAAUGCAGUGGAGCAAAAAUCAAACCUGCGGGACCGUCAAGAAUAUUAUAGCGUUGUAACGCCAUCGACGCCUUCGCGCACACCGAAACGUGUAACAUUCGGUGGCGAAGUGGUGAAGAUGCGUACGCCGGACAGCGACGCUAACACAUCAAAUAAUCGAAGUAAUAAUGGCGCUGCAGCUGAGCAUCAGCACACACUCUCUGCCAUGCCAACUGGGAAUCAAAAUACCAUUGAGGCUGGGGGCGGCAACGGCGGAGGUGUUGACGGCAAUAGUGAUAGCGCUGAGCCUUUGCAGCGCACUAUUACAACAACAACCACCACAACAACCGAGAUAACAAUUAUAAGCACGCCAUCCACGUCCGCCACUAGCAGUCCACUGCCCGAUGAGACAAACCACAGCAAGACUAUGGCAUUGAGCGUGGAAAUAAUCGAUGACAACACUAAGCCUUUGCCGGUGUCAUCGCCGGAGACAGAGCGCUUACCAGUGGCGCGUCCAAGAACAGCACAAUCACCAGGGCGUGCACAAAUGUCAAGCAUUGCCAACGAUGGUGGCGGCGCUGCAGACGACACAAGCCCUUUGAGCUCGUCUGCGAAUACAAACGAUUCUCAUUCGCCACCCAAGCGACGAGACUCCGUGACUAGCGCCGGCACAGUCGCCAACUUAUCACCAUUCUCACCUUCGUACAAGCGACACAGUAUCAGUCCCGUAGAUAGCAUUAUUAGUCCUAAGACACCACACAAACCCAUUGAGGUGAUGCACAACUUACAGCGUGAUCCCUCGCCAGUGCGCUCGCGCAGCGCACGACGCGCUGAGGUGGUUAGAGAGGCAGCGCAACCUAGUGCAGGCGAGAAAAUUGACACCUUAUUGACGACACACUCCACACAGACAACACAUAUGCCACGCGCACAGACGCCCUCACCGCUGCCACCCAAAACGUGGGAGGAAUUGGAUAUUGUCGAUUAUGAUACGUUACUGGAUUUGCGUUCAGGGAACUGGCAUCACCGCCUGCAGGGCGUUGCCCAACUCGAGGUAGCUUUGCGUAACACCGAUACACUGGCACAAGUUCAACCGUGUCUGGAUAGUUUACUCCGCACUUUACUCUUCUCUGAACGUAAUCCAGACGUGGCAGAGGCAAAGCAACAACUGCUAAUCAAUCUCAUAACACGUUUGCCACUCGAUAACUUGGAGGAUCGUACAACACAAAUAAUGACCGGGCUGUGUCGCCAAGGUGGCGCUGGAGCGAAUCGCGUAUGCAAAGCAUUGAUGCAUCGACUGCCGGCGGCGGCAAUUGUACUCAAAUUAUUGUCGCAAGAAUUUUUACAUGCAAAGAGCUCAAGGUUCCGUGAACACGCGCUCAAAAUGGUUAUGUACUCGCUGAUGACCUUUCCUAGCACUUGCUUUGACAUGACCACCUGCGUUACCCAUGCCACAUAUACCGCCCUAAAUCGCAAGCGUCGCGUGCGUCAAGCCGCUUUAGAUGUGCUCGCUAUUUUGGGACAAAUAACCAAUACACGCGCUGUACUGGAUGUGGUACAAGGUUUGGCUGCCGCACGAGAAGAUGGCCCAGCAUUGCUUUCCGCGGUGCGUACGCGACUUUCACGCAAGCAAAUGCCCCUCGUCGCUGCUGAUGGACAGGUACAGUACGCGCUGCGUGUGCCAUCGCCACAUUCGGCGGAAGCAACGGACGCAGCCAACGGACAAAUGGGCGCUGAUAUUGAAUGGAUUGUGGCGGGUAUCGCUGCAGGCGAAAAGACCGAGUUUCCGCUCUGCAGUCUCGGUGGCGUCGCUGGUGCGAUCGCUGUCGUUGGUGUGGUCGCUGUCGCUUGUGCGGUCGUUGGCGCUUAUGCGGUCGUUGGUGAUCGCGCUCGUGUUGGAGUAAAGGUCGGAAAGACCUAG